AUGCAUUUUAUUGGCUUAGUUUCAACUUUAUUCACCUCUCUUUCUUCUAUUGCAGUGUGUAAAGAAUGGUUGGUACGUGAAGACAGCGCGCUCGCCUAUAAAUUGCAAUCACAAGAAAUAAAUGACUUCUACAAAGGCAAUCGACAGCGCAACGCUGUGGUACGUGAGGAUUUUCCCACCGCGCUGAAUGAGCAAAUCAAGGAGAAGGAACAGGCCGAGCGGCAAGUGGAAAUGUAUCGACGUCGACUGCUCGAACAGGAAGCAUAUGAUAAGCGUGUAGCGAAGGAGAUCGCCGAAAAGUUGGAACGUGACUUACAGGAACAGAGGCAAAGAGAGUUGCUGGAGAGCGAGGAAAUGGCGCAGCAGAUGCAGGUGAACGAUGCGCAUAUGUUGCAUUAUUUAUGAUUAUCGUUGUUGAUA